GCUUAUUGAAGUCGAAGUCGAAGUCUCGUCAAUGGAAGAAGGGGCGGGAGCUUAAGAAUUAAGCCGGACGAGACGAUGGCAGCGGAGACAUUGGUCGAAGCGGCGCUUCGAGUCCUCAACACUUCCGAUCCCUUCGAGAAGGCUGAACUCGGCGAUCAUGUAGCUUCUCGAUGGCUUAACGGCGCCAUUUCAAGCCCUUACGAUCCCUCCGCCGAUCUUGCCGUCCCCGACCGCCCCGCCCGGCUUUCCGAUGUGAAGUUGGUAUCGCCGAGUCUCAUGCCGAAGCUGGGGAAGGCGGGAAGCUUACAGAGCAGGCAGGCUAUUGUGCAUAGUCUCGUCCAUACUGAAAGUUGGGCGAUCGAUUUGUCGUGGGACAUAAUAGCCCGGUUUGGAAAACAAGAAGGAAUGCCAAGAGAAUUCUUCACUGAUUUUGUUAGGGUAGCUCAGGAUGAAGGUAGGCAUUUUACUCUUCUAGCUGCACGGCUUAAGGAACUAGGCUCUUUCUAUGGAGCACUACCCGCGCAUGAUGGUCUUUGGGAUUCUGCUAUUGCUACAUCCAAGGAUUUAUUAGCACGCUUGGCAAUUGAGCAUUGCGUUCAUGAGGCUAGAGGGCUGGAUGUGCUUCCCACGACCAUCUCCCGAUUCCGAAAUGGAGGUGACAAUGAGACUGCAGAUUUAUUGGAGAAAGUAGUGUACCCAGAAGAAGUAACCCAUUGUGCUGCUGGAGUAAAAUGGUUUAAAUAUGUUUGCCAGAGGUCUGGCAAUAGGAAGUUAGAUGAGGAUGAUGCUGGAGCAAAGGAUAACGCAAUGGAAAUGGAGAAGGAAGAAACCAUUCACAAGUUUCAUGAAAUUGUGAGAAAGUACUUCAGGGGGCCAUUGAAGCCACCUUUCAAUGAAGUGGCAAGAAAAGCUGCUGGUUUUGGCCCUCAAUGGUAUGAACCACUUGCUUUCAAAACAGACCCUAUCUUGCAUCCAUAACAUAAUGAUGGAAUGGAAUGGAGCUCAAAGCUCAUUUCCAAACUAUUGUUUAUCCAGGAUUAUAAGUUAAACAUUUAUUUAGAGCAAUAUCUGCUUUCUGAACCUCCCCAAGAAAAAGGAAAAGAAAAAAAAAAGAAUAUGAAUCAUAAUCUUUUAAUUGUAACAAUAGACUUUACAAACACCCUUCAGUCAGUUCCAUGAGUAGAUGUUGAAAAGAUAAACUGAGGAAUAUGAAUCAUAAUUUUUUAAUUAUGCAAUAUUGUUGGUAUA